CGCCGAGUAUCAGAAAUAAAUCAUUGUAACUGCGCAUCAAAAAUCAAGAUAUGUUGUGCCUGCAUGAGGAAUUCGUACGUAAAUCCAGUCAUGUGUCAGGAGUGCGAUAACGAGAUCAAAUCUAUCAUAGGGGAUGGAUGGGGCGCCAUUUUAAUAGCUGGAUUCGACGAAGUCAACAAUUCGUUUGGAAAUGAUGUGAAGAUGUUUGCACAUGCUAUAUCAUCGAAAGUUCUACCAUCCAUGUGUGUAAGCACUGUGAUCACAAUCGAUUCGGCAACGCAAACAACUGAACCUGUGUCAGUCCGGAUUGAUGAUGCAUUUAAGACGAUUAUGAGACACAAUGUUCACACGUUGGUGUUUCUCUACUCAGGACACCACGACAGACACGGAUUUAAAGUUGGCAUGAAUGAAUAUUUCAGCAUGCAACACAUUAACAGAAACAUACAAGAAUGUACACACGUUAAAAAAGUCAUAGCUUUCGUGGACUGUUGCCAGCCAGAAAUAAUCAGAGUAAACGAAGAACAACGUCUCAUUCAAUUCAACGCAACUGCAAGUACGGAUACAGCCAUAUCUUCACGAAACGAAGGAAGUCCUUUUACGAAGUUGUUGGUACAGACUUUCACGAUGAAAGCUUCAGGUGGCAAAUGUGCUUUGCCGCUUUGUAAAUGUCGCAUAGAUGGACCCUUUAUAACGACCGAUUCAUUAUCGCAUUACAUUGAGAUACACAGACAAAACGGACUUUUGCGUGGCAUGGAACCUGAAAAGAGCUUGAUAAAAAUUAAUUGGCAAAAUGAAUGCCUUGCCUACAAUUACUCAUACAAAGUGGCAUUUCUUUUCGACAUUGAACUUCCUAAACCGUUUACGUCAAAACACACAUACGUGGUUUUGGCAACAGCUGUGAACGACUAUGAUGCCCUGAUUCAAACGAUCCUAUUUCCGAGAUUUGCUGACUUAUUGGGAGAACAACUUAAUGUGCAUCAAAAGUCAAUGUCACAUGCAGACAAGAAUGCCGAUUGCUUGUGCAUUGUUUAUGAUACGGGUCCAAAAUGUUGUGAAGAGGUAGACAACAUAGAAAAACUUUUGCUUGCUUGGAACUCGAAGCGUUUAUUGUGCUGCAAGCUACGAUUCUCACUGACAGGCAAUUGUCAUAAACCGUCCGGUUUUUUCUUGAAAAACGGUAAACCUGUCAAGGAUUGCAUGCAUGAAAAGAAAGAAUUUGAGUUGACAGAAAUGGAGAGUUUUAUAAAGGAUUUACAAGAUAAAAGGAAUACGUGCGACACUGACACAGAACAAGCGUUAACAGAUUUCAUUUCAAAUAUGUCUUCAUUUAUUCAUGGCUGCAAACGGAACAAGCUGAAGCAUCAAAUAAUACAACUUCGCUUCAUUGAUCUCUACGAUGAAUGUACAAUCUGCGUGGUAUAUCCUUUGCUAGUCAAUCCAGGCGCAACACAGGCAAACCCAGCUGUGAGUACUGGUCCGCAGUCGACGGUGAGUGCAGCUACCCCACACAUCCCCUCCAACAUGAACGAGGCCUCCAGGCCUGGACAACUCAAUAAUCAAGUGAACCUAGGUUUCAAUCCAGGUCAGCCAGUGCAGGUUGUUAAUUCCAAUCCAACCCUGAACUCAAUCACUGCUGUGGGUGGUUUAAAUGCCACAGAUGGGGUGCAGAUUUUGGCACAGACAAACAAAGGCACAAAACAAUGGCACGAGAGUGUCACCAUGGAUCUCAGAUAUUAUCUUAUCUAUCAAUUGGUGCAAGCCAUAUUCCCCAAUCCAGAUGCAGCUGCAUUAAGGCAUAGAAUGAUGAAAAAAUUAGUUGCAUACACAGUACAAGUGGAAAGGGAAAUGUAUGAAACAGCCAAUAGUAGAGAGGAAUAUUUUCACUUUUUGGCGGAUAAGAUCUACCGAAUCCAGAAACAUAUGUACGAGAGACGUAUUCGUCUCCGUGAGGAGCAACACAAGUAG